AUGGCAGAUUUAGAAACAAAUUUAUUGAAAUUUAAAGGAUAUUAUUUUAGGAAUGAAAGAUUUAAUAUUAACUUGUUGGAAAACACAGAUGAUUUUGAAGUUAGAGAUGAUGAUGUCUUCCUAGUCACGUACCCCAAAUCUGGAACCAUCUGGUGUCAGCAGAUAUUAAGCUUGAUUUACUUUGAAGAACAUCGCAAAAGAACUGAACAUCUGGAAACUGCAGAUCGAGUCCCCUAUUUUGAGUACAUGUUUGAAAAACUGGAUUUUGAUGAAAGUCCAUCUCCUCGUCUCUUCACUACCCACCUCCCAUACUACUUGGUUCCAAGAGGGCUGAAGAACAAAAAAGCCAAAAUUAUAUACGUAUACAGAAACCCUAAGGAUGUUAUGUGCUCAUAUUUUUACUUUGUAAACAUGCUUCCAAUAUUUAAAGCUGCAGAUACCAUUGAGGAGUUUAUGAAACAAUUUUUAGAAGGAAAAGUGAUGGGAAGCCUUUGGUUUGACCAUAUCAGAGGCUGGUACGAGCACAGAAGCCACUUCAAUAUUCAGUUCAUGGCGUACGAAGAGAUGAAGAAGGAUCUCAGAAGUUCUGUGUUAAAACUCUGCAAAUUUCUGGGGAAAGAUCUGAGUGGGGAGGCCGUGGAUGAUGUGGUGAGACAGGCCACAUUUGAGAGCAUGAAGGAUGACCCACUAGCAAAUUAUGAAAAUGUCCUAAACACCCGGGUUGGGGUAACUAGAAGAGAAGGCCAUUUCCUUCGCAAAGGAACCAUUGGAGACUGGAAAAAUCAUAUGACUGUUGAGCAGAAUGAAAGAUUUGACAAGAUUUUCCAAGAGCAGAUGAAGGACUUUCCAUUGCAGUUCCUCUGGGAUAUCAAUGAAAUAUCAAAUUAA